AUGGCAGCACCCCACAGCAUCUCGGCUGCUUUCCAGGAGUACCUGCAGCACCUGGGGCUGCAGGACUUCCCCUGUGGCCUCGGCAGCUGGAACAAAUCCCACCUCAAUGCCCGCCGGAGCCCCUGGGCAGAGCCAGCAGGGCUGGAGGAGGCUGUGCCUCCAGGAGAGGAGAGCCCCGAGGCACUGCUGGAGCUGCUGAGAGACCAGCACAGCCCCUGGGCACUGCCCCCCGAGUGCAGCCCCCAGGACCGGCUCCUGCGGGAAGUGGCGGUGCUGGCACCUGAGCUCCUCCAUGGCUCCGGGAUCUUCCAGCUUGUCAAGUCCCUGCGGAUACUCGACAAGGCGGUGGAGGAGGUGGAUGAGGGUCUGCUGCAGUUCCAGCAGCUGGAGGAGCUCAUCCUCAGUGCCAACCACAUCAGCAGAGUAACCUCGGCCCACCUGCCCCGGACUCUGAGGGUCCUGGAGCUCUGCUACAAUGCUGUGGGUGAUUUGCAGGACCUGUGUGCUCAGCCUCCCCCAGAGCUCCAGCACUUGGGGCUGGGCUACAACCGGCUCUGUGGCCCUUCCCAGGAAAGGCACCUCACCGUGGAUUUCUGGCCAAACCUCAUCUCCCUUGACCUGAGCUUUAACAGCCUCACGGACCUGCCAGGGCUGGUCUCCCAACUGUCCACUCUGCAGAACCUCCACAUCCUGCUGCUCCAAGGGAACCCACUGGCUCUCACCCCCACUUACAGAGGCUUCCUUGUGGACAGCCUGCCCAAGCUGUCCAUCCUCGAUGACAUCCACAUAUGGCCUGAAGAGAGGCAGCAGUUCCAUGGUCUGGCAAGGCAGCCAGAGCUGAUCAGGAGUGAAGCACGAGUGGUUGUGAGCAUUGGGGAGUUGAAGGGACUCCCUAAUCCCGAAGCUUUUCAGGAGCUGGAGGUUGGCUCCGAGGGUCCAGUUAUCACCUACAGCUACUGUGUGACCUACGAGUUUGCAGGAGAGGAGCUCGAGGACAGGGGCAGCCCUGAGGGAACAAAAAUCCACCAGAGUCCCACAGUGGCCACGCUGGAUAUGGACAGCUCUGCUCAGGACACAGGAGAAUCAAAGAGCCAUCAGGAGCCUGUAGCCACAGAGGAGCCCAAGGCCCACUCUGCAAAGGUGUUUGCCACCCCUGGACAGCCCUGGGCAGACACCAUUGACUGCAGCUACAGGAAGGAACACCUUGCCAAGGACUUGGUGGGGCUGAAGUCCUACCUGGAGGCUGGAACGAUUGUCUCGGUUGUGGAGGAGAAGGUGCUUUCAUGGCCUGUGGAUGCUGAUGCAGAAGAAAACACUGUUACAAAUAAGAAGGAAAGACAAGAGCUGAAGAAGAACGGUGCAAAGGUAGGGCCUGACUCCAUGUCCAAGGACAAGCAGAAAAAGAAGAAGCAACAGCAGCAGCCAUGUGAGUUCCGCAGCGACCCUCCCAUUCGGAGCACCCUGGGCACUGUGAGGGUGACCUUGGAGACCCUGGUGGCCACCAAGGACCUCGUGGCAACUGUGUGUGAUUUUGGGAUCCUGGUCCCUGAGAAAUCACCGGUUCUGGAGGAGAAGGUAAAAAAGCAUGUAAAAAAAGGCAAAGACAAGAACAAAAAGCCCAAAGCAGAGAAAGCCCCAGGAGCAGGGAUUUACUCACAUCCUGAGCCUCAGGCAGUGAAUACAGACAUUGACUACGGGGCUCUCGGGACAGACACAGCCUGGACUCUUCAUGAGUCGUCGUCUACACAAGCACCGACGGUGGGCUGUUAUUUUUUCAGCAAUCUUGGUUUUGACUGCAAAAAUAGCAGUGCCAACACAUCGGAGGGGGAAGAAGAGAUGUGGGGGCUGGCUUGGCUGCACUGUGAGGCCACUGAGUGCAUCUUUCAAAGUAUUUCCCUCGAGGCUCAGUCAGUGCUGGCACCCUUGCACACUGCUACUUUUAGGAUGAUUUACUCUCUCAAGACAGUGAUAAAUAUACUUCUUAUCACAGGAAAAGGAAAAAACAAAGACACUGCUGAAGUGGAGGUGGGUCCAGAGCUCCAGCAGGUGCCGCUGAUGGUUCAAUUCCAGAUGCAGCUGCUUCGGUGGCCCUUGGCAUCCAGCACCCAGAGCCAGGAGAACGUGGCCAUGGCAGUGGGAAAGACUCAGUGAUGUGUCCAUAGCAGAAACGUGAGUGGAAAUAAAGCACACGGGAACGCUGCGUGGAACCUGGUUCAGCUGAACGGCCAGAACUGGGAGAUGUCCCGGGGUUCCGGGUGGUUCUGCAGGAGCCGUAGCGGGCAGGGGGUGUUGGGUGGG